AUCGUGUCAGUAGUCGCGCGUUCGUCGAACCGUCGGUGUCGUUGUUUUUCUCGCUCUUUCUUUCAAGUCUUGACGCGUUUCGUAGUUUCGUUUUCUUAUUUCUCCUCCUAUUCCUCGGGCAUAGUCGUAUUCUUCGAGAUCGCGUUUCUUCCAAACCGACAGUUAGAUUAUUUCGCAAUAUGUUUCGUCGAGACAAUUUUUUGGAGAAGAUUUGAGAUCGUUAAGAUGUUCGUCGUAAAGUCGAAACGACGACGACAACGACAACGACAACGACAACGACAACGACACGACAACGACAACGACAACGACAACACGUGACUAGUAACCGGCGAUCGAAGGACGUUAAAGUAUCGCGUGUUGUGCUAUCGAGUGUAUAUCUAUUAUAAGGGAGAAUUGAGUGGAAUCAGUGACCCGUGUCCGUGUGGCGUUUCUGACUUCUCAUGGUCUUCGAGAAUAUCGAGAUGCGGAACCCAGGGUUCCUAUUGGAGGACGCCAGACAUGGAUAUAUUCAAUAUAUUAGCCUGAGCGAAUGUUACUUCGCAGGGAAAGGAGCGGCCCUCGUUUUACCACCGAACGAAAGGGCCCGACCCUCGAGGAGAGUAUCCGCGGCAGGAUGCGAUAUUCAGCAACACUUGCAGUCCAUGUUUUAUCUCUUGAGACCCGAGGAAACUCUGAAGAUGGCGGUGAAACUGGAGUCGGUACAUCCAGGAAGAACGAGAUAUCUCGUCGUGGUAUCCUGUACAGGCCGACAGGAUGCCGAGGAAAGUUGCCUACUCGGUAUCGAUUGUCAUGCCAGAGCAACCGUUGGUCUUGUCCUUCGAGUUCUAGCCGAUACUGCCAUUACUUUAGACGGCGAUGGGGGCUUCAGCGUCAGCGUUUGCGGUCGACAGCACAUCUUCAAGCCGGUCUCUGUUCAAGCCAUGUGGUCGGCCCUGCAAACGUUACACAAGGUGUCGAGCAAGGCGCGCGAGCAAAAUUACUUCCUGGGUGGACUAUCCCAUGACUGGGUCAGUUACUAUGAACAACGAAUCGAGAGCGAUCGGUCGUGCCUCAACGAGUGGCACGCCAUGGAUAAUCUGGAAUCUCGACGACCACCAUCUCCGGACAGUGUACGCACCAAGCCCAGCGAAAGAGACGAGACCGAACGAGUGAUUCGAUCGACCUUAAAGGAGAUCAUGAUGUCGGUGGAUCUCGACGAAGUUACCUCGAAAUACAUCCGAGGAAGAUUGGAGGAAGAUCUAGAUAUGGAUCUGGGUGAAUUUAAACCCUUCAUCGAUCAGGAGAUGCUCACCAUACUGGGACAAAUGGAUGCACCUACCGAAAUAUUCGAUCAUGUCUAUCUUGGUAGCGAAUGGAAUGCAAGUAAUUUGGAGGAACUUCAGAAGAAUGGGGUUAGACACAUCCUAAACGUGACCCGCGAGAUAGACAAUUUCUUUCCGGGAAUGUUCACGUAUCUCAACGUCCGCGUCUAUGACGACGAGAAGACGGACUUGUUGAAGCAUUGGGACGACACGUUCAAGUACAUAACCAAGGCAAAGAAGGAAGGCUCGAAGGUUUUGGUACAUUGCAAGAUGGGGGUUUCGAGGUCGGCCUCGGUCGUUAUAGCGUACGCAAUGAAGGCAUACAAUUGGGACUUUUCCCAAGCGUGGAAGCACGUCAAGGAGAAGCGCAAUUGUAUCAAACCGAACAACAGUUUUCUCCUGCAGUUGGAAACAUAUCAGGGUAUUUUGGACGCUAUGAAGAACAAGGAAAAACUUCAGAGAUCAAAGUCCGACACUAAUUUAAAGUCUCCUUCGUCGGUGAAGGAUCAGUCGAAGAAGGAAGAGAAAAUCGAUAACACGAACAAUGGUUUGCAAGAGAUCUCUGGUUUAGAAUUGAAGAAGAGCAAUCAGAGACCCAAGAGUUGGUCGCCCAACGUGGAACUCGCGGAGAAUAUGCUUCCGUCCGCACCACUGUCGCAAUCCCUGGAAAGCAUAGACAAGGUAGGAACCAUGGAGGUGACGAGGGAAGACCUUCUUCGUGGUUCGAAUCAAAAAUCGACGAUGGAUCAGGAAGCUCGGAACGUUUUGAUGCCUUGCGACAAUGGCCAGUCUUACAGCGUUUCGCAAAACAAGAUAGUACAUCUUCCAGGGCCUGACACACCUUGCACGAAACACAACAAGCUCGCGAAAUCGGAAAUGCAAGGUCAGAGACGGAAAGGUUUGGUUCUGAAUUUGACGAAUCAAUUCGAGGCAGCUAGUAGCAAGCCGUCCUCUCCGGGUUCGGAUUCGGACGGUAAACCGUUGCCACAAAGUCCUGAAAUCGAGGAGAAACCAUUGGAGAAUGGUCUUGAUCGAUCUCAGGGUGGUGGUACGUCGUCGGAUGCUUUGACGGUCGAACAAGUGGUCUGGGAUCCGGGUGAGAAGAGACGUAGAAAGAAGGAACAGGACGGAGAGAAUGUAAUAAACGAUAGUGAAUGUCUAGUCUGGACGGCAUCGGCCGAUGCAACGUGCCCCGUUGACUCGUGCAAUAGUCUCAAGGCUAACGGAGAAAUAGUGAAUAACAUUGAGAGCAGUGAGUGUGUCGCGUGUGAACCAACGACUACGACUACUACGACAGCGACGGCGACAGCGACGACGACGACGACGACGACGACGACGACGACGAUGACGACGACGACGACGACGACGACGACGACGACGAGUAGUCUCGGUAGAAAAGUGAAAAGGGAUGGUGAUCCGUUCAGUGCACAGUUGGACAGGGUGUUUGAUCGCGAAGAAAGACGCGGCGAACCAACUACGAGAGAUUCACCGAGCAGACAGAGUUCCUGGAGCAGUUACGAUAGCGCGGUCGUUCUUGAUAACAAUUCGGUGCAUAGCUCGUGGGCCACCUUACCUUCGAGAAACAGUUCCUGGGGAUCAUACGACAUGAGACCCUCCGACCUUUUAGGAUCCAGCGGUCUUUUUCCUUACGACAAAGAGGAAAUACCUUGGCAUCCUGGUACGGUCAAACGUACCAAACAAAAGCUCGAAGAAGGUGCCAGCACUGCCGCCGUUAAACGCGUUUGUACUCAAAAUUCCGAUACGGAGGAUAAGGAUAGAUUGACGGCCGAGUCGGAAGAGGUUCCUGUCGAAGGUUACAAUUCUCUUCUUCUUCAUCACACAUCUUCGCCUACACCACGAAGAAGGGAUUCCUCGCCUACCCAAGAAACCUCUAAUCUCAAGAUAGAGACAGCGAGAAAUUCACCGAGUCCGCUCGGUGGUAUCGAUAUUUCACCGGUUUCGAUACGACAAGUUGGAAGAUUGUCUACGAGCGCCCCUGCCCCGUCAUCCUUAUCCUCCGACACGGAUCUACCUUCCUCCCUGAGAUCGUGCAGAUCUGAAAGCGAAACGUCCAGUCCCUGCGUCGUUAAUACCACCCAAUGCCCCUCGGUGAAACACCAUAAGAUGGUCCUCGAGAAUCUUAGCAACAAAUCGAUCUUUAGCAAACGAUGUCUCUCCGUGGACGACUCGCCGGAAUCCGAGUGUCCACGGAGUACUUCUGGCAUCGUGAAGAAUCUCAAGAAGGAGUUUGAGGCAAAAUCAACGAAAUUAGAAAAGAGCUUCGUCGAGGGUGCCUGUGAUAAUCACGAGGGCUCCUCGAUGAUAGCUCGACCGAAGAGGGACGUUAAAAUUCGAAGUUUACCAUCCUCUCCGGUAAUACCUCACAAUGAAUCAAAGAUCCAAGCCUCGUCUAGCGUCGGUGAAACCAAAGACAAGGAAAUUAAAGUUAACGAUUCUAGCGUCCAGGACGCUACCGAAGAUCUCUCGGUGAGGGUGUUGGUAGGUAAAUACGAAGUGGCCAAACCAUCGACGGACUCGAAACGAUCGUCGGACGUACAGUUGCGCGGUAACAAGGACAAAGAGUGGGGCGACUCGAUGGAGGUCCAUCCGCCGGCCAAGUCGAAGAUCGCACCAGAGUUUGCUAGAAGAUCGGCCCCUAUCAUGAUCAAUAAUCAUACGAACGCGCUUUUUGGCGAGACGACGACGGCGACAACAGCGACGACGACGACGACGACGACGACGACGACGACGACGACGACGACGACGACAACGGGCGAGAUACCGGGUAGACCGCCGGUUCCUUCACCCAGCAUCGUAGUCGCUAGCGUCGUGGCCAAGGCAGCUAGCAAGAAACAACAGCAGCACGGCAGAACUCAUCCGCUUGCCAGGCUGCAGGUCAGGCCUAGGCACAAUAGUCCGGUUUACAAUACCAUGUAAAAUCAAAAAGGAAACGAAGAAAUACUCUUUUGACGAUGUAUGAGCGUAUUACGUCGAUAAAACGACCGAACGUAAUCGCGUUUGCCAACAAGUAGCGAGUCUUACUAGGUUGGCACUUUUAACUAUAUCCCCCCUCUUCCUCCUCCUCCUCCUCCUCCUCCUCCUCCUCUUCCUCCCAUCCCCCUAUCCGUCCCCGUCACUCACUCUCCCAAUUGCCCGCCACGAUCGAAACCGUGUGAUCUCUUACAUGCCAACGCUCGAGGUUGGUUGCUCCUCGAACGGAUUUUAAAUACGAUACCGCGUGCGACGAGUGCGUUUAAAUGAUUAUCGAAUAGAGAGCCAGGAUGUUCGCGUCUAUUUCGAGGAAAAAGGAUCCUUGUUCUUUUUUUCUUUUCUUUCUUUUCCUUUCCUUUCAAUCUUUUAAUCGCUGUUGUAACUUGCUGUAACAGGCAAACAACCAACGGUCUGUCGUUCCUUCUUCUUCUUUCGAAGCGCGUCAUACAUAUCUUUGGCUCAAUAUAUUAGUUAAAUAGUGUGCGCGAGAUGAAAGAGAUGCGAAUUUUAAUGAAACGUAGACGACGUAGGUACAUGAUGGAAAUAAAAAAGAGAAGAAAAGAAAGAGAGAUAUUCUACGAAAAUUGUUAUUCCUAAUGUCACAUCUCGUCGUAAAAUUAGCGUUGUUGUAUAGAGUAAAUGGACGUGAAAAAUCAAACGUUACGUUAUCGUGAUGAUAAUACAAAAUAAUAAUGUACAUUGUACACGACGACGACGUGUUCGUGCUUGGUGAUGAUGAUGAUGAUGAUGAUGAUGAUGAUGAUGAUGAUGAUGAUGAUGAUGAUGAUGAUGAUGAUGAUGAUGAUGAUGAUGAAAGAUGAUGAUGAUGGUGGUGAUGAUGAUGAUGAUGAUGAUGAUGAUAAUAAUGAUAAUAAUAUUAUUAAUGAUAAAAUAUUAUGUGAACCGAUUUAUGUAUGUAUGUUCAAGGAACGCGUGAAGCAUCGUCGUAGGCUUUUUUUUUUUUUUUAGUUUCGUGUAAAGAGGCGAGUGCUCAGUCAGGCUGUGAAUGUAAGGUCUGGGCAUCGCUCCUGAGAAGACGUAGCUUUUUCUUUUCAGCUUCGCUUUCAGUUUCUUCAGAUACGUAAUAUUAAUAAUAAUAAUUAUUAUAAUGAUAAUAAUAAAGAAAAAAAAAUUCAUCGAGAGCGAUGUUAAAACGUGAAAGAAAUAGAGAGGGGGGAGAGAAAAGCAAAAGAAAGAGAGGAUAGUUUAAUCUAUGACGUCGUUUUGGGGAGUGAUAAUUAUUGAAACGUUUAAAAGAAAGGUUAUAUAUGAAAAAGAAAGGCUAUAUGAGGAAACCUCGAAUCGAUUUUAAUUAUUUAAAAAAAAAAAGAAAAAAAAGAUAAAAUGGAACAGAGAUAAAACUACACUGUUAGUAAUUUAUAGUGACUCUCAUGUGAUUAGAAAAAAAGAAAAUUAUGUCCUUUAAAUGGUGCGACGUAAUGACACAAAGUUAGCAAGAGAGAGAGAGAGAGAGAGAAAGAAUGAGAGAGAGAGAGAGAGAGAGAGAGAGUGAGAAUGAGAGAGAGAGAGAGAGAGAGAGAAAAGUGAAUCUUUAAAGGGCGACUCAGUAAAGAAGCGCGAGUGUGAUUCGAUGAAGGUACUGGGAUCGGUGAGCACCCGAUAUAUAUAUAUAUAUAUAUGUAUAUGUGUAUAUAAUUCGAAUGUUCACUCUCCAGAUAUAGAAAAGAAAAAGAAAAAAAAUAGACUCGUUAUCACGCUCACGAGAUGCAUGUACCUUCAUUUUUAAUUGAUCGUUUAAUUAUCCUACUAUUUGUACUCUUACUACUAUAAAUCGUCGUUUUACUACUACGAUUAAUUCAGUUCGAUCGAUCGUAUAUCGCUUCAUAAUAUCGCUGUUGUUACUUCUUUUUUUUGCCCCGUUUUUUUUAUUCGUAUUUUUCCGUUUUUUUUCCUUCCUUUUUUUUAUUACAUUUAUAUCGUAUUAACUCCUGCAAACCAAAAGUACAAGAUUAGCUGUUAAAAAAAAAAAAAAAGAAAAAAAAGAAGAAAAAGA